AGGGGCAUUACAUUAUCAGAAACAGAUUUAACUAUGUGGUGGAGCUCCAACCAUAAUUGAGCUAAAGCUAAGCAAAAGAAAAAAUGGCAAUGGUUUUGCAAACUCACUUCCUUUCUUCCUUCACCAUCAUCAGUAAUAUUCAACACUUUUCUCACACCCAACCCAACCUCAGCCUCACAAUCAGAUCCGAAAAGGCUUCUGAAUCAUCCGAUUCCGAACCCAAAAAACCUGGGUCGGGGUUCGGGUCAUCGAAUGAAAGUGGUAAAAGGAAACAGAAACAGAAGGGGCAAAGAGAAAGGGCCUCCAUAAUUCGGCGGUCCCCAGUUGAGAAACCUUCAUUUGUUUCGGAACAACAAGUGGGUGAGACGAAGGAACAGGGCAAGAAUGAAAGCGCUUUUAUUCUUGCGUGGCUCGGUUUUGGCUCCAUCAUUCUUGUUGAGGGCAUUGCUCUUGCUGCAUCCGGCUUCCUACCAGAAGAGUGGGACAAGUUCUUUGUCAAGUAUCUCUAUCCAUCGUUUACCCCUACGGUUUUCUUGUUUAUUGCUGGAGCAGUUGCAUAUGGAGUCUUUAAAUAUAUGCAGAAUGAGAAAAUCACGGAGCAGAAAUAAUGUGACGAAUAUAAUAUUAAAAAUCUGAAGCCCUGCAUGGUAAAACUAUGAUUGACAGUGACUUCAAUCAUACUCCGGCUUCAGUUUCGUUCUAUUCCCCGUUGUUAUCAGAAUGAAAGAUGACAAAGAUGACAAGAAGGCUUUGGUAUCUCAGGAAAUUCCAAUAAGAACCAUUUCUGUUGGAUCCUUAGGGACAACACAACACGCCAUCAUAUGGCCAAGUACAUGAUAUUUUUGAAAGGGCUUCAUCCUAUGUUGUAAUUUGAUCACUUUUUUUAGCUAUAUAACUUACUUCCUAUCUUAACGUGGUGUAUUUGGAUUUUGAAUAUUCUCAGGUAGGUCUCCUCAUCAAACUCUAGUACAGCUGUGCUUUAAAUCAA